GUUUAAACCUGUUCAUUUUGUUGUUGUUGUGCCCCUGCUCCGCCCCUCCGUGCGCCCCACGGGCACACAGGCAGCGCACCCUCGGACGGACGGAGAAGAUGGCAGAGCGGCAGCAACAGAAGCACGAAGGCAGAGUCAAAAUCGGACAUUACAUUCUCGGCGACACGCUCGGAGUGGGAACAUUCGGGAAAGUGAAGAUUGGGGAGCAUCAGUUGACAGGUCAUAAAGUUGCUGUGAAGAUCCUGAACAGACAGAAGAUCCGCAGUCUCGAUGUUGUGGGGAAGAUCAAACGAGAAAUCCAGAAUCUCAAACUAUUCAGACAUCCACAUAUCAUCAAACUGUACCAGGUGAUAAGCACACCCACAGAUUUCUUCAUGGUUAUGGAGUAUGUAUCUGGAGGAGAGCUGUUUGACUACAUCUGCAAGCAUGGACGGGUGGGGGACACAGAGGCCCGUCGUCUUUUCCAGCAGAUUAUCUCAGCUGUUGACUACUGCCACAGACACAUGGUUGUCCACAGAGACCUAAAACCUGAGAAUGUUCUGCUAGAUGCCAGCAGGAAUGCCAAGAUAGCUGACUUUGGUCUGUCAAACAUGAUGUCAGAUGGAGAGUUCCUAAGGACGAGCUGUGGCUCACCCAACUAUGCUGCUCCAGAGGUCAUCUCAGGACGGCUUUAUGCAGGUCCAGAAGUAGACAUCUGGAGCUGUGGUGUGAUCCUGUAUGCCUUGCUGUGUGGUACUCUGCCCUUUGAUGAUGAACACGUACCCACACUGUUUAAGAAAAUCAGAGGAGGUAUAUUCUACAUCCCAGAGUACCUCACCCGCUCUGUGUCCUCACUGCUGAUGCUCAUGCUGCAGGUGGACCCUCUGAAGAGAGCCACCAUCAAAGACAUCAGGGAACACGAGUGGUUUAAGCAGGACCUGCCAGGCUACCUGUUUCCUGAAGAUCCAUCUUAUGACGCGUCAGUGUUGGAUGAAGAGGCUGUCAGGGAAGUCUGUGAGAAGUUUGAAUGCACAGAGUCUGAGGUUAUGUCCAGCCUUUACAGCGGAGAUCCACAGGACCAGUUAGCAGUUGCCUAUCACCUUAUCAUAGACAACCGACGUAUCAUGACCCAGGCUAGUGAGUUCUACUUGGCUUCAAGUCCUCCUCAGGGCUCCUUUAUAGAGGAGGGCAUGUCUCUACCUCCUGGUGUCAAACCCCAUCCAGAGAGGAUGCCUCCACUCCUGGCUGACAGCCCCAAGACACGCUGUCCCCUGGAUGCUCUCAACACCACCCGGCCCAAACCGCUGGCAGUGAAGAAGGCAAAAUGGCAUCUGGGUAUUAGGAGCCAGAGCAGGCCCCAUGAUAUCAUGGCUGAAGUGUACAGGGCUAUGAAACAACUCAACUUUGAUUGGAAGGCAGUGAACCCGUACCAUCUGCGUGUGCGAAGGAAAAAUCCAGUGACAGGCAACUUGGUGAAAAUGAGCCUCCAGCUCUACCAGGUUGACAGCAGGUCCUACCUCCUGGAUUUCAAGAGCAUUGAUGAUGACAUCAUGGAGGCAGUGGGCUUCAAAUCCGGUUCAUCCACUCCUCAGAGAUCAGGCUCUGCAGCUGGUCUCCACAGACCCAGAUUGAGCAUAGACUCAGCGAACCCUGUGCCGGAUCUGUCCCUGCUCAGCUCGUCCCUUCCAGGAUCCCUGAGCAGUAGCUCCCCGCUGUUCAAUCUGUGCCAGGGAUCGCACACUAUGGACUUCUUUGAAAUGUGUGCCAGUCUGAUCACCACACUGGCUCGCUGAGGUCUUCAGCUCUCCACCCUGCUGUAAUCCUGGAUGAUGCUUGGAGUGACUUCCUCUUUCUGUUUCACCUUCAGAAAUGACCCAGCUGUUGUGGAAUCGAAUGGGAAACAUCACUGUGGAAAGAAGUGCAGGUCAAGUGUUUACCUCAAAUGAAGGAAAACGAGGCAGAUGGCUUUGUCAGAUUAAUGCUUUUUUUUUCUCAGUUGGUGGAAGAAGAAUCUGACUGAGUCCAGUAAGGUGAGAGUUUGAGGUCAAAGUUCAGUUCUGUUGUGGGUGGGAAAGGUCAAGUUCUCCAUCACUCCUUCCUCAAAUACCUUCAAUAUCUUAUGAGCUACUGUCAUCCAAACCUAUAACCGUUUAUGGCAGGACACUUAGAGUAGUUCACCCCAGACACAGAUCUAAGUUCAGUUAGUUCCUUGUCCUGUGUUGUGAUUAGAGCAGCUGUCACAAAACGAAUAUUUAGAUGUUGGCUUGAGGAAACUUUAUCACAUGUAAAAAUAUAAUUUCCUAGUUUAGAAAGAAACAACUUUUGUUAUCCAUAUAUAUUAUAUUUAUAUUAUAGUCACAUUACGUAGCUGAAAAUGUUGACAGAGUCAUACCAAAUAAACUUUAUGCAUCAGAAAAGACUAUUAUUUAGAUAUCAGAGCCAUAUGUAUUUUGAGAGAUAAUUUAUGGACAGUUGAAUUGUUUAUGCAUUGUAUCUACACUCAGAGUUUUAUGUGGAUUCUGAUUGUCGAUUUAUGAGUUCACAGAGACAGUAAAAUAUUAGAACAAAAACUGCAUGGUAAAGAUUUGCUGAUUUUUUUUUUUUUCUUUUCACUUUAUUUUUGCUUUUUGACAUACAGUGAAAAGAAGAAGCGUGACUUCUUUUUUCCUUUGUGUCUUCUUCUUUUUGUCAUCCAAACCUAUAACCUAGGGGUAGGCAACCUGUUCCAAAAAGAGCCAUGAGGGUGCAGGUUUUCUUUGCAGCCACUGACUCCACCAGGUGAUUUCACUGAUUCCAUCUGCUCAAAGUGAUAUUAAUCAGUAAAAUCACCUGGUGGAGUCAGCGGCUGCAAAGAAAACCUGCACCCUCAUGGCUCUUUCUGGAACAGGUUGCCUACCCCUGCUAUAACCUAUAAGGAAACACGAUUUAAAUAUGUACAUUGGAUGCACGUGAUCAGCAUAUGUGCAAAUAAAUAAUGUCAGACAUUUUCAUUUAAAAAUCUGCUAAGUGAAUGUUCAAAUCUGGAUGAAAAUCAUCAUGAAUCAAAUAUUUUUGCACAUUUAAAAGAUCCGUGGCUGUGUGUAAUUAAUUAUCUUCUAUUCUUAAGCAUUUUAGCUCAAAUGUCCGCCAAAAAUCUGUUAUACACACACACACACGCACACACAAAGACUUUUUAGAUAUUUCUGUGACAGUUAUUAGAGCAAGUUUUCUGUAAGAAAAGUAAUUAGUAGGCAUUUGCCUUACAUGUGGAGCAUGUUGUCUUAGAGCAACAUAAAGAGCUGAUCCAAGUGCUGCAAUGAUUAUUGAUGAACAAAUUGAUGACAUUUGGUGUUAUUUUUUUGUUGUCACUACAAACAACAACAACAACAAAAUUCUGGCCUGACCCCGAUGUUUACAAAAGUACAAGUACAGAAUAAUAACCUGGUCAAAAGACAUCAGGAAGUGUGGUUAACCAAGAGUUAACUAUUUUUGUUAUAGGUCUAUAAUUAAUCUUAAUUCAGACAUUAUUUUGACAUCCUUAAUCUGUCUGUCUGUCUAUCUGCAUACACACACACACAUGCUUUAUUAGAAUCAUUAUUUGACUGUUCAGUUUUCUUUAUAAGAUACUAUGCAUGCAUAACUUACAGAUUUAUAUUCUACAAAACCGUCACAAAUAUAUGCAACAGAGAAAAUACACUGCAGUUCAGUUGGUUACUCAACUGUUACUGUGCUCUUCACAGAUACACACUAUUAACCAGACAGGUGCACACAGACAACAUAUGCAGUUUAUUGCUCCAGUUAGUAAUUAUUGUUGCUUUUAUUUGAAAGUUGUUUUGUACAUUAGCUGAACUGUCAGUAAGGCUGUGAAACAUCAAAAUACUAGAAAAUAUCCUUCAGAAGUUACCUAGGUUGCACAAUACAAAAAGAUUGAACAAAUUUUACACUUUCGCACUGUUAUUUAUUUUUCCAACAUAAAUGAGUAAAAUGUGAAUUAGUUUUGUAAACAUGGUUUGAAGAGAUUAUAUAUGUUAUGGAGUAGACCUAUCACUUGAGCAGUAAUGAGUGAGUAACAAGCCAUGUGUACACAACGUGACAACAGAAAUGAAGCGACACAGGAGAAAACACGUGAGAUGGCGGUUACCUGUUUCUUUCUCCAAUUGCCUUAAAGAUGCAGCACACUCAAUCUGUCCACAUCUAAAACAUGUGCACGAGUCACAGGAACAUGUAAUCAUGUUGGGCUUCGAGUUUGUUUGGAGGAUUGUUGUAGUAAAUCCUCUCUGAUCAGCAGAGCGUGCAGAACCCGCUGCAGUGGUUUGGUGUGUUUGUGGCGUGACCUCACUGUUUCUUCUUUCAGAGUACUUUGUUGAAGCGAGCACAUUGCACAUUCUCUACACACAACAACAAUUCUAAAAGAAAUGAUCACAAAUGAGAGUCGUAUAUUAGCCUGUCACUGUGUGCUGUUUUUGACCCUACGUUUUGGUGAAGGGUGCCGUAUUAUUACUCCUAAAGGACUUCUGCCUCCUGUCAGUUUGUACCAUAGCGGUGACGUGUGUCAUCACCAAAUGUUUCCUGACUGAAUGUAAAAUGAAAGCCGGUGAUCCUCAGAAUACUCACCAUCUCUGUUUUAUGAUUUUGUUCUGUCAGUUUUGCUGUCAUGUCAUUCAGAUGGUGAGAGAACGCUGCCUUCUUUUUUUUAACUACUGUUGUUUUAUUUUACUUGUUGUUGGUAGGAACAGUGUUUAAACACAGUACAAGAUGUUUGUGAUCGUUGGGACACCUGGAGUAGCACAGCCUCAGAAAAUUAGCUGAAGCCAAUAAUAAUCCAUCAUAAAAUUUGCUGUUACUGUAUUUAAAAUGGGUGUGUGGAACACCAGAAUGACCAAAUAUUAAAUCAGUUACACAACAAACAGAUGCUGCAGAGGAAUGGACAGAUACAAUCUGAAAUGUAAGAAUUUAGGCUGUGUGAUUGGUUGAGGUAUGAGUUGACCUGCCCUGAAUAUUUUUUUUUUAAAUUGUCACUGGACGAAUAUCGGUUUGAAAAGAAACAAAGCAUCCUGGGAACUGAGGUGUUAUGGCAGCGACAAAAUGCCAAACCAGUCCCUCACUGUGAGUUACGUGUCCGUCUUGUUCCCCAUUUCCUCUUUUAUACUGUGUGCUGUUAAAAAAAAAGUAAACUUGAGUUUUGAAAAAUGCCACUCUGAAGCUAAAAUUGCAAAAUAUAUAAAUCGGUGCACUGAAAAUAAUAGUGUCAAAAUAUGAUAAACAUGAAUUUAUAAAUUAGUGGUUUGUUUAAUUUCUGCAUUCACAGUAAUGUGUUGUGUUUGAUUUAAUACUGGCUGUGCUGGAGUUCCACAGACAAUGCUGUAGAAUAUCACACUUUCAACAAGUGACAUACUGUCAGCAUGUUAUGUGUAAUCUGUUUUUUUUUUUUUUUAGUUUACAGUCCUUUUUUAUAGUUUUGGCCUUUCGAGUGCAGCUUUUUUGUUAAUGCAGGAAGCCAAAUUCCUCACAGCUCUGCCCAAAGCCUUUUUUUCCCUGUGUGUUGAGUUUAUGUGUCCUGUGUGUGUGUGUGUGUGUGUGUGUGUGUGUGUGUGUGUGUGUGUGUGUGUGUGUGUGUGUGUGUGUGUGUGUGUGUGUGUGUGUGUGUGUGUGUGUGUGUGUGUGUGUGUGUGUGUGUUUUUACGUGUUCUGUGUGUAUUGUUGGGGUAAACUCGCCAUCGUUUGUGGCCAUUAUGCAUUUCCUCCUGACACUGUUGUUUGUGACUGUCACAUAUUGGUCAGUGACUGAUCAGUGCUGUUUUGUCAAAGUCACAGGUCAGUCUUCAGACUCUUGUGAUACUUACUGUCAGUUAUGGUGCUGCUGUACCAUUACCGCUGUAUGCAGCUUAUCAGCAGCAUGUCGUGAUGUAAGGUGUCCUUGGUCUUCAGAGCUGGAAGCGGCAGACUGUCUGUGUUCUACCAAAGUCAGUAUAUUUAUGGCAAAGAUGUUUAUCUUAUUAAUGUAACCUUCAAAAAAGGGGCGUGCCUCCAUUAUCGUGCAUGUUUUAAAUCUGAGUUGUUGCAAGCAAGGAAGCUGGAUGUGCACUUUGCAGAAAACCACAUUUUAGGUUGCUCUGUUUGGAGCUUGAAUGAUUUAUUUGUAUGUAUGUGUGUGUGUGUGUGUGUGUGUGUGUGUGUGUGUGUGUGUGUGUGUGUGUGUGUGUGUGUGUGUGUGUGUGUGUGUGUGUGUGUGUGUGUGUGUGUGUGUGUGUGUGUGUGUGCGCAGAAACACUUGUGAAUGUGAAGUUCUGUUCCAACACUUGUUAUGACUGUUAUGGUGCGUUCAGGUGUCAGAUCAAAGUUUGGAUUUCUCUUAUUAAGCACUGCAUGAUGUUAUUGUCAUUUGCACUUUAAUGAGUAUUUAUUGAAAAAUAAACAAACAUAUAAAA